GCUGGAAAAGAGCACGCAGGUCAGGAGAGGGAGGGCAGGGGCCCUGGCCAGCAGUGGCCACCCAGACCUCGACCGCCCAGAGCACACCUUCCUCCUCUUGCCCUCUGGGUCUGGGGUGCUAUGGAAAGCUGCUCACACCCUUGUUUUCACAGACUAUACCCCUAGCCUUGGAGAAGCCACCUCCUCCCCAAAACAGAGCAGCUGUGGCCAGGAUGGCAGGAAAGAGCCAUGGGCGGGCAGGCAGCCGCCCUCCUGGGCUUCACCCCUCCUCAGAGAGCCUGCUGGACCCAUGGCCUGGGGGUGGGGGUGCCAGAGCAGCACCUCUAGGAGAGGGGAUCAGCUUUGCUAAGACUCAGUUUUCUCCUCUUAGAAAUAGGACUAACAGCAGCUCCACCCCCAAGGGCAUUAGAGGUCAUACCCUGGCACAGCCCAGCCUGUUUGGGGCAGUUAGACCUAGCGUGAGACACUCCACCCAGGCAGGCCCUGUCCCACGACAGAGCAGCAAUGCCACCAGUUGCCCCAGAACUGACCAGGACCAAGGCCAUCGCCACCUUCCCACGGCGAGGGCCAGGUGCUUCUGUCUGUGGGAGGAGCCCCGAAUGGAGUGCCGGGAUUCCGAGUACCAGGGUGGAUGGGACCCUGGAUGUGACCUCAACAGCCCUCACCUCCUGCCUCACAGAAGGCUGUGGAGGUGACGAGGGACACACCCGGGCCACCCGGUCAUUCGGGCUGAGGCUGGAGCCCCCUACACCCCCCUGGGCUCAGGGCGGCUUGCACACCCACUGCUUUGGAACUCCCCCUACCCGGAACCUGGCAUGUCUGCACGGCCACGCAGCUCUUCCAGAAUGCACGCGCCUCGGACACCCUCUGAAGGGCCAAAUGCUCCUCAUUCUAACAGAGACCCUGGAUGGGAAGUCUGCGUGGCACCCUCGGUGGAGUUACAUGGGCACAUGUACAUGGUGGUCCGCAGAAUUCAGAGGCCAUCCACGUGUGUGGGGAAGACUGUGGGUGAGUGUGCCUGGACCUCGGCUCUGCCAGGAUAAUCCCAUAGGCAAGCAGGGCGGGGCAGGCUCCAGGCUGGCCCCCAGGAGGACGAGGCCCAGCCACUCCCAUGCUCAGCGCAGGUCUCGGAUGAGACCUCCCAGUCUCUCCCAUGCUGAAGUGGCGAAUGUGCCUGCUAGUGGCAUCACACAAGACCAGAAAGAUGAACCCUCCAGCCUCACAUGGUGUGGAGGCAUCUCUGCUUUUGUGGGUUUGCAGGAGAGUGUGCAUUCGGGCAACAGAGGCUUUCUGAGGGAUGAAGACCCCACUGCCCACAGAAUAAGACUGGGUUUGCCCCCAAAUUCCCAUCGAGUCAGGCUGCACUGCUCCAAGGCCUGGCAGCCUGGGGAAAGCAAUGUCACAGCCCUCUGCCUCCCCUCCUCCUCCAUGUUUAUUCCCCCGUCCCCACUUUCAGGAGGAACUAUGAGCUUUCCCAUGUCUACACUGUCCCCUCAUGGGGGGAGGCUUCCCGGCAGUGGGGCUGGGUGAGAGGCUGCCAGGGUCUGCUCAGUCACGGUCCACACAGGCUCUGGGCCAGGACCAUGCUCCCCAUCUGUGGGAGGAGAAGAGGCAGAGAAAAGGGAUGGAGAGGAGAUGGCCAUGGCUGACCUGCGUCUACAGGAAUGAGAUGGGGGCUCUGGGAAGUCUCACGAGAGGCUCCCCGGCCAGGAGACCCGGCCCAGCUUUUUACCCCUGUGCAAAUCGGGGGUGGGGAUGGGGGGCUCAGGGCAGUUUCACGAAGGCUCCUGUGCCUGGAGGAGCAGGAGGUGGAGGCGGGAGCCGUGGCUGGGCUCACCUCUCACCCUCUGGCUGCUUCGGAUCCCUGGGCUUUGCGGGAGACAGUAGCUCCCUCAGCACUGGGCGCCGGAAGAAGCCCUUCACAGCCCCUCUCCAGCCCUCCCUGCUGUCUCCUAAGACAGCGUUGUGGCCCUGGGAAUGCCCCGUGAGGGCUCCCCACACCGUGGUUCUGAUAGUUGUCCUGAAGGAGAAGGCUAGACGGGUGGUGGCCCCACGCUGGGCUGUCGCUCAGGCUCUGACCACUUCACCCUCCUCAGUCAACACGGGGUUUUCUGUGACGCUGACGCACUCGAAUGCCCAGUCCCAUAUCCGCAGCAGGCUGCUCCUGGCUGGAUGACCUACCGGGAGACCAGGUGUCUGCCCUCCAUCUCGCAGGCAGCUGGCAGAGGCCAGAGAUGGCAGGUCAGCACCAGGCUCCGCUCCGCCACCUUGCCCGAGCCCUGCCCUGCUGGCCCACGCAGCUUUGUUCCAGCUGUCCCUCCACCUGCAUGCCAGCCCCAGCCCCGCCUCCCCACCCAUCUUCAAUGGCUUGCCCCACUGAUGCCUCUGCCUUAAAGAUGUGUCCCUCCUUCACUCCACCCUGCCUGGCCUGCCUGGCCUUCGUGGAGCCAGAGCCACCCUCCCACCAUACAUCUCCUGGGGCUGCCAAGGAAUGUCUGUGUCUUACUGCCCAAGGGAAGAAGUUUCCUGUACUCACCCUGUUUCCCCCAAAACAGCCUGGGGAUUUGUACAGAAUGAAUGAAUGAAUGAAUGAAUGAAUGAAUCGCUCAUUGCUCAGAAAAGCCUCCUAAGUCUAAGGCUUCACUCUGCACCUCAGUGGCAGGAAUAGUUGGCCGGGGGAGGGUGACUCUUCCCUGGGGGAUGCUCUGUUCUCCCUCUCCUUAUCUAGAGAUGGGGUAAUAACAACAGUGCCCCCUUGGAAGGCUGCUGUGAGAAUUAGGGCAGGGACCACCAGAGAGCUUCCGGGACAGCACCUGCCACAGAGUCAGUGCCCCACACAGGUCAGGAGGCAUCAUAGAGCUUCAGACUAAGGACGUGCAGAAAAGGUGAGUACAGGUCACAUGGUCUUCACCUGUCCCACUUCAUCCCGCCCACCCUGGACCUCGAAGGUCUGCUCUCCAGGGGAUGGCUCUGCCCCAGGUUCACCCUGCCUGGGCCGGGGCUCCCUCCUCCCUCUCACACUGGCUCAGGGCUGAGUAUCACCCUCUCCAGCUCCCUCUUUUAAAGGCAAAAGUGACCCCUUGAAAUGAGCCUUAAAAUCCUGGCUUAGUGAGGUCAGGGAGGGGCGGGGCUGGAUCUGCACCCAGCUCUUCCAACUGCUGGCUGCAGGCACAGCUCCCAGGGCCCCUGGGGCUGGAGGCCACCUGCCCUCCUUGAGUCAGGGAGUUAUUUUUGGUUCUCCAUCCAGAUCGCUUCUGCCAAGACCUCAGGAACUGACAGAAUCUAAAAAAGCCCAUGGCAGAGCCUCAGCGGAAUCUUGGCACAUCCAGUCCAGGAAAGCGCCCCUCUCUAGUCACGAGCACUUAGGAUGCACUCACAAGGAGGGGAGAAGAAGGGAGAGGCAGGAGAGGGCUGACCAGGCUUCCUGUGCCACUGGAGGCUCAGAAAAUGGCCUGAAUGGGCUCCAUCUCCCAGGAAGGCCUGGGCAGGGAGGGCCAGCAUGCUCAGCUGGAGGGACUGGACCCUGAGGGCCCUGGAUGGGCUCAGAAGGCAGGGCGCUGUUAUAGGCUGGGAGCCUGGACAAGCCGAUGCCCCUGCGGAUGAGACAAUCUGCCUCUUGCUAUUCCCAGAAGGAAGCCACUUCUGAGCAGCAGCCUGAACGAUCUCAGAACAGGCUCAGGGAGAAGCCUACCAAGGACCUCAGGUCGGAGACGGAGGGUUUUCAGGCAACCUGGAGACCCCGGCCAUGAGGCUGAGUGCCUGAAGCAGGCUGACCGGGUUCCUGGCCUGCCGCCCGUCCUCUCAGCCUAUCCUCCUUGGUCCCAGCUUUUAUCGCCUGCAAUCCAGGAAGACAAGCUGGAAACCAAGCACCAUGUCCUAACCACGUCUGCAAAGCUGGGAACCUGGACAAACCAAUGUCCAAGAUGCAGAUGAAGGAAGUUGUGGACCAUGCAGCAUCCCCGCCAGGUCUCGAGAUCAGACCCAGGGCCUGGGGUGGGACGGCCACUGAGAAAAGGGUCACGGCAGACCCUCCUCCUCUCACAGCAGGGAAGGGCGGGCCUCCAGGAGACUCUCAGGGCCUGUCAUCUGGAGAAUUUCCUGGGAGGGGCCCUGGUCGCCUGGACUCCACUCAGUCCGGGCUUUUGACCACACUUUAGAUUUCGGCUUACUUCCUCCCCGUCAUUCUAGCGGGUUUUCCUUCAGAAUCCACUGGCAAGGGCUUAACUCUCCAUCUUUGAACGCACCAUGUGUGCUGGCGACAGUGGCUGUCUAGCUCCAUUCAGGGCCCAGGGCAGGGGAAGACAACUGCUCUCUCUGCCUGGCUGACCCUUUCUUACAUCUCAGGGUCAGGGAACAAGUGGUAGGCUUCAGAUUCACCUCCCCCAGGACAGAGUAUAGGGUAUGAUGCCAGAGCCAAGCGCUAUGUCCUGACCAUGAGCUGAGCUGGGACAGGGGCCUGCAGCUGGACUUGCGUCAACCUAGAUGCCCAGGUAGGCCCAGCUCCCGGCUGCUGUCAGGGGAAUCUGAAGCCAGAGCUGAUGGGCUUUGAUAAGCUGUGUUCAACGGAACAAAGAGACCCCGAUUGACCCUAAAGCCCAGGCUGUCUGUGCUUAUGGGUGUCUGAGGGCUUCCUUCUCACCCUUUGAGGGGGAAAAAAAAGAAACAAAAGAAGGCUUUAGCAGCAGACUUCCAGAAUGGUAUAUCUGGGAGGAGCACUUAAAAUCAGCUGCCCCCCUUAUUUAUAGAGAGGACCACAGAGGCCUGAGAGCAAUAGGCACAGGACACGGCCCGAGGGGUCUAUGGGUAGAGUGACACCCUGCAUGGACCCUCGCGCUUCUGGCUUUGCUCAGCUUUGCUGCUAGGGCGUCCGACUCUGCAGGCUCCCCUGGACAGGGAGCCCCACACCCAGAGGAUAAAGCCAGGGGCAUGGGCAACUCUGCCUCUCCCCUUACCUGGCAACAAGUCUUGCUCCAGGGGAAGUGAAAAACUGCCUCCCUUCCAGAGGAUGCCUGAGAGGAGAGGUUCAGAUUCAAGUUUCCAGCUGGGCCAUUGGGAAAAUCAUAUAACGCAUUAAUGUAAUGCAUUAAAAGAAUCGGAAACAGAAAGCUGACGGAGCCCCAGUCCUUGUUUUCUGUGUUUCUGAAUAAGUUCUGGGGUCAGGAAUUAUCACAGCAACAGUGACUAGAGGAAGGGAGCAGCAAGGAGAGAACCGAUCAGGAAGACUUUGGGAAAGCCUCUCCCCCAGCCUUUCCCCAGGAAGGGAGCCUGGACCCUAUUCACUGCAGUCAGGCCUCACAGUGCCAGGUGCAGCAGGCACACCAAGAAACCACAGGGUCCAGGACAGGGGAGGAAACUGCCCACUGCUGGAUGCCAUGUCUCUCAGAAGCCCUGCCCACCUGGGACGUGCCCACUGCUGGAUGCCAUGUCUCUCAGAAGCCCUGCCCACCCGGGACAGCCAGCAGUGUGUGCUGGCUCCACCGUGCAGAAGGCCGGUCUCCUCGGCAACCUCCCAGUAAGGAAACAGGCUGCCAGGACCAUCCUGAGAUGGGUGCCUAUUUGCAAGGCUAAAAUCAAGCUAAAUUAAGCAGCUGCAGGAUAUUAAUUUGGUGCUUAAGUUACUGAGCUUGAACGGAAGCCUGGAGAGGGAGGAGGAAGAUCAGCAGCUGCUAAAUCUUUCUAUCUGUGUGUCUAUCAAUCAAUCGAUCAGUCAUUUAUCUAUCUACCUAUCCAGUUAUCAGCCAGCUGUCAUCACCUCUCUAUCUAUCUAGCUACCUGCCUACCAGUACCUCCUCUGCCGGGCCCAGUGCUGAGCUCAGGAUCUGAAUGACUGCCACGAAUUAUCAUUCCAUGAAUUACCCCAGCGUCCAGGGACUCCCUGCACCAUUUUACAGAUGAGGAGGCAGCUGAAACUCGUGAGGGUAAAUGCCUUGGGGGAGUCACACAGCUAUCGAGUGGCGCUUACUAUCUUACAAAGCUGCCUCCUCUAACGCUGUGGCGUCAAGAUUAGCCGGUGCCGGCUACAGGCAGAUACCAGGGCCCCACCUGCAGACGCUCUGAUUCAGCAGCUCUGCCUAUGUGUCACAGACCUUCCAAAGAAAGAAUUCAACGCAGAGGUGAAAGCAGGCAGCUGUACUCCAAGGGUGGGAAAAAGAGGGCCCCUGGAGUCCUGUUAACCAUCUCUCUUUCCUCCCAAAUCAAGGUGUUAGCAACCCAAGGGCAGCCAUGUGAUCUCCUGCACAAGACCCAAGACCAUAAGCUGCAAGGUAGACUCACCCAGCUACUAAAAAUAGGCCAGGCACAGAUGGAAGGCCAGCUCGUCCGGGAGGGGUGGUGUCUCUCGGAAAGGCCCUUGGCUUCUCACCAUUUGCAACUUUUUACUCCAAAUCCCCACUUUGCUCCCUUGAUUCCUCCAUUGGAAAAUGUGGAGGUUUUCUCUGCAUUUCUCCAUGAUGUUCCCUGUCUAUACCAGGGAGGAAAGACGCUGCUCAUGCAGAAAUAUGUAACAACAACAACAACAAGACCCUGCCGCUGGGUCCGUCGGAGGCCAAGGGAGACCCCUCAGCGGGAGCGUCUGGAGGGCCUGGAGAGAGCAGCAACCGUGAGGUCACUCAGUGUCACCACGGGUAGCAGCCCAAAGAUAGUACCCAAUGGAAACAGUCACAUCGCCCCAUGACCGGUAGUACAGCUCUAUCAGCAUCAACACUCACACCAAUGCCUAGAAAGCCAAGCGGUCACACCCAGUCCUAGAAAGUCAAAUUGGGAAGCCAUGGUAGAGGCCAUCUGGCCUAAACCCCACUCCUGGGACCAUCUGAGGUCACCCAGCCAUGGUCACACCAGGGCUGGGCACCUUGGAGCACGGAGCUGAAGAAUGCAGUUAGUGACCGCCAUGGGGCAUAGCCAGCAUGCACACACCAAAACAGACCAGUUCUACCACUUCUGGCAUGUCUCACUGUCUCUGCUUUGGAACUGGGGAACUUAAAGCUUUGUGCAUUCACUGAGGACACCUAGAACGGCAUUUAAAAAUCACCUAAAGUGAAAUCUGGGAAACAAAAGGGUUUGGUUCUUACCUUUCCCCUUGAAUAUUGUUUCACCUGACUAACACCACCAGAGAUUUUAAAAAGUGUUCUUUUUGGAUGUUUUAGGUUUAUAAUAAGGCACUAGGAGUGGGUGCGGGGAAGGGAGCGGAGAAAUAAAAGGGUAACCAAGUUAAGAACAUCGGAUAAAGCCUGAGAUAAACUCCAUCAGGCAGAAAUCACCCUGAGUUACCCCAAAAAGUAGGUAGUAUGAAAACCACUACCUUUGUGGUAUCAAAAAACAGCUGGUAAGGAGGGCCGGCUAAUAUUUCUUAAGAAAAACUAAAAGUGAAAUUGGGAUUUGAAAUGUGCUAUUUAAAAGUAGGCUCAGAGACUCAUGUAUUAAGAUUUCUCCUAGUAAUUAACUGGAAAGUUGAUAAGGUGAAUGGAUAAUCAGUCGGAAAUAAGAAUCCAAACAGGUCAUCCCACACUGGGGGUCUUUCUUAGGAGACACACCAAGGAAGGGGCUUAUUCGCUCAGAGGCUCCUCCCCUUCCAGGCUGUGUGUAUGGGGGCUCCCUCCUGUGCUGUGAAUGGCAGCUCUACUGUGAUGCAAUUAAAUUUUGUUCCCUUUAUUAUUCAAAUUAUGCAUGAUUCAAUAUUUCAGGAGCUCCACCAGCCUCGUUCUCAGUCCAGAGGAAUCUGAGAUGUGUAUUUCCAUCCCUAUUAAACUGGUGUUUUAAACACACACACACACACACACACACACACACACACACACACGAUCCGCCAGAUGGUAUGCUAUUUCUUUCCAGAUGUGCGGCUCAGUGGGGUCUGUGGCCUCUGCACGAGACGUGGCUCUGAACGGUGCCCUAGGCCUGCGCUCCUCCUCUGCUGUCUCUCAAGGUAGCCCUGGCCAGGAGCCCUAAUGCAGCCAAAGCCUCGCGAAGCCAGGCUGGCGCUGUCCACUUCAGCACCACUCCCUAAGCCUGCGCGUGUGCCGGAAGGUGGGCAAUGCAGCGCCACGUCCCGCAGGGUACUGGGCCUACCUAGUUUUUGCAUGCAUGCACGGAGCCUUUCUUCAAGAUUGGACACUCUGCUCUGAAGUUCAUCGUAGUCAUAGGCGCCAAUUUCCUCUUGCAGCUCGUUAAGCACUGACGUCAGAUUCUGGACCUCCUCUUUAAACUGCAAUACCAAUUUGGCAUCGGCCUUGUACUCUUCCAACACAGGUAUCAAAGGCCUAAGUUCAUCCAUUUUCGCUUUUAUUGCCUGCAAGGUUAAAAUAAGCUGGUUCAGUGCGAUGCAUGCAAGAACUCUCACACCCUGCCUUGGCCUGGCUUCUCCCUAGGUGAGGGAAAGUGUGUAUGUUCCCACUUUAUUUACAGGCUUAUUUAUUCUGGUCCAAAUGAGUUAGAAGAGCGUAUUAAACAGUCCUCAGAACACCAACAUAUUUGGGAAAGGUCUUUAUUGUCAGUUUAGAAUGCAACAUCUUAAGGUUACAUGCUUUGAGUCACAUACACGAAGUUUUUUUUUUCUUUCUUUUUCAAAAAACGCAUUGACAAGGGUUCAAACUAUUCAUGAAAUGCAGCUACAGUCGCAUGCAAAGGAGGAUCCUGGUUGUAUUCAAGGUUCCUUAGUGAAAUGGUGCUAAGUGUUGGAAAAUGAUAGUAAAAAUGCAUGGUGCAAAAGGCUCUCUGGCUCUCUUUCAUGGUUACAUAGGAGUG